AUGUUAAGACGAUGGAUACAUUGGCCUUUGUGUGGUACGAGAAGCGUUGGUGUUCAUUUCUCUACACUUCCCUUGAGGAGAUUUGAGAACUGCAGUAAUGUUCACAUGAGAAUAACCACCAAUAGUGUUGUGGUGCCUUCACUGUGGAGUUGCAGGCGGGGAUUUCACCAGGCCACUCACCCGUGGCUUGAACCAUCACGGGGAGUUGCCACUGGCCCAAAGAAGACAUCCACCACAGAGAGUUCAUCUAAACAACAACAAGAAGAAGAAGAAGGGGAGAAGAAGGAAAAGAAUGAGAAGGGUGUGAAUGGAGGAAAGCCCAAGUUAUCAGAGACUUCUCUUGUUACUGAUGAAGUGUGGAGUAGAAUUCCAGUAUACAGAGUGGUAACUCAUGUUAUGCGGCAUUUAUGGCCACGAGGAGAACCAAAGUAUCGAGCAUUAGUAGUGUUAAGUGUUUUAUGUGUAUUGGCCGCGAAAAUAUUAAAAGUAGCGGUUCCAUUUUGGUUUCGAAUGAUUGUAGAUACACUUACACCAUCCACUGCGGUGACAGAUGUUGUAACUACUAUAGGUCCAUUACAAUUAGGUGUAUUUGGGUUAGUUACUGCAUAUGGCAUUACACGCCUUACAAGUUCACUCACAGAAGAGUUAAAGACUGCACUUUUUGCUCCUGUUGGUAGUCAUGCAUCAACAACUAUAGCGAUGGAAUUAUUUAGAAAAUUACAUUCUCUUGAUUUACACUAUCAUCUCGGUAGAGAGACAGGUGUACUUAGUAAAGAUCUUGAUCGUGGUAGUCGUGCAUUCUGGUCUCUUUCUCAUGCUUUACUUUUUAUGAUAUUACCAACAGCUUUUGAAGUGGUGUUGGUGUGUACAGCGCUUCAAACAAGCGCAGGUCCUGCUUUUAUUAUUACCGCAUUAUCUGCAGUAUUUUCAUAUAUUGGAUGGACAUAUGUGAUAUCUAACUUUCGGGCUCAAUAUAGAGAUCGAUUUAAUAAGAGCGAUAGUCGUGUAGGUGGACUUAUUGUGGAUUCUCUACUUAAUUAUGAAACUGUAAAAUACUUUGGGAGAGAGAGUCAUGAAGAAGAUCGUAUUCUUAAAGAAACUAGUAAAAUGAACCAUGAACUCAAAAGAUUAGAUCAAUCAAUGGCAUUAUUAAAUUUUGGACAAAAUGCUAUAUUUAUAAUUGCUGCAGUGGUUUCAUUAUAUCUCUCUACUUUUGGGGUAUUAGCAGGUACAAUGACAGUGGGUGAUAUGGUACUUAUUGAAGCUUUACUGAUGCAACUUUAUACACCUCUUAGUUUUCUUGGUAUGUUAUACCGUGAGGUACAAUCAUCAACACAAAAUAUGCAAGCUAUGAUUGCUUUACUGGAUAUUGAAAAUUCUGUUAAAGAAAAGCCAGAUGCGAAACCAUUAAAACUAACUUCUGGUACAAUUGAAAUGCGAAAUGUAUCUUUUACAUUUGAUGGUAAAGGAGAACAACAUAUACUUCGUCAUUUAUCUCUUACUAUUCCUGGUGGUAAGACAGUAGCCUUUGUUGGUCCUUCAGGAAGUGGGAAGAGUACAAUAUUUCGAUUACUUUAUCGUUUCUACGAUCCAACUGAUGGUGUUAUUCUUAUUGAUGGACAACCACUUCCUGAUGUACAACUAGAAAGUCUACGAAAGUCUAUUGGUGUAGUUCCACAAGAUACAGUUCUUUUUAAUGAAACCCUGCGAUAUAAUAUUCGUUAUGGACGUUUAGAUGCUACAGAUGCGGAAGUGGAGAAUGCGGCUCAUUUGGCGAAUAUUCAUGAUGCUAUUAUGAAAAUGCCUAAUCAAUAUGAAACCUCUGUGGGAGAGCGUGGUUUAAAACUUUCAGGUGGAGAAAAACAACGAGUUUCUAUUGCACGGGCUUUACUGGAUAAUCCACCCAUUCUUCUGGCAGAUGAAGCGACAUCGGCAUUAGAUAGUGCGACGGAAAUGCGGGUGAUGCAGCAAUUAAAAGAAGUCAAUGGAAAGAAGCGAACUAUAAUUCUCAUUGCACACCGUCUCAGCACGAUUAAAGAUGUGGAUAUUAUCUUUGUACUAGAUGGUAGAGGAGGUCUGGCAGAGAGUGGUACACAUGAGAAACUUUUGGAAAACAAUGGAUUGUAUAGUGAACUGUGGUCACAGCAGCUGAGAAAAACAAAUGGUGAAGAUGAUGAAGAAGAUGAAGAAGAAGAAAAAUCGAAAGAAUGA